AUGGUUCGACACUACCAGCGGGUAAGGCACAUCAGCACAGGCCGCUUCGGACUGGCCAUCCUCGUCCAAGACGCAGAGACUGGCAAGUUGGCCGUGAUGAAAGCCAUGGACGUCUCCUCCCUGAAAAGUGCCGAGCGUCUGGAGCUGUUGUCGGAGCUGCAGUGCUUGGCGAAACUGCGACAUCCACAUCUCUGUGGGUUGAGCGAAUGCUUCCUGCAUCAAGGCAAAUUGUGCAAGGUGAUGGACUAUCUUCCUGGUGGCAACCUUGCAACGCAGGUGGCUGCCGGCCGUGAUUUGGGCGAUCGCAUCUUGCUGUGGUUUACACAGGCUUUGUUGGCGGUGGACUACCUCCACCGCUGCAACGUGUUGCAUCGCGACUUGCGCUUGCGACGCUUGUUGCUGACACGACAAGGGUUGGUGGUGGUCACGGGAGUGGCCUUGUCAGCGGUCCUCAAAGGGAUGCUUUCCAGUGAGAGGCGAGACAUGGAGGCCACAAGAUACUUGGCACCGGAGAUCUUGCUGCAAAAUGAGGAACACAGCUCUGCAUCCGACAUGUGGGCCCUUGGUGUGAUCCUGUACGAACUCAUUGCCCUGAAGCCUCCCUGGGAACACACGGACUUGGCCCACUUGCGUGAUGCGCUGCGGCGUCCCUUGCGGCCCUUGCCGGCCAGGCAUGCAGAGGUGGCGCCUUUGUGCUAUUCUCUGCUGAAGCGGCAACCCUCUCAGCGUUGGAGCGCGGUGCAGCUUCUACGCCACGGUGCCACGCAGUCGAGGCUCGUGGAGCUGCUGAAGCUUGAGCAUGAAGAGUCUGAAAGCAGCUGGGCUCUCCCCACCUCCGUGCACUGUUGGAACUCGGGUGUUGAGAAGUAUCCGGUGGCACGGCCGCUUGGAGGCAAAGUUUCGACCCGCUUGGAGGCGGCCAAAGUGCAGCCCAGCCCAAGGGCCAUGCUACCAUCCAGGUUGGGUGCCCAGUGUGACAUGUACAAGACCUUCUAG